UUUAAAUCUUGUUUCAUUAAUGAUUGAGUUUUCAAGGUAGACAACAAGUUGCUCAAAUGGAUCAAGUUUAGUUCAAGUGGAUGGCAUCUGUAAUCUGUUUACUUACUAUAAAUAGGAACCAUAAUCCAAAAUCAAUCCACAAGAAAAAAAGAGAGAGAAAAUAAUGGAUUUUCAGAGGAUUCAAUUGACACCAUGGGAAUAUCUUCUAUCAUCACGAGCUCUUAAUGGCUACCAAGUUUCUCAAGAGAAUCAUAUUCGUUGGUCUCAGACUCCAGAUUCUCACAUUUUCUCUGUUGAUCUUCCUGGUUUGAGGAAAGAGGAGAUAAAAGUGGAGAUCGAAGAUUCUAUAUACUUAAUCAUACGCACGGAGACCACGGAUAGAUCGCCGGGCCCAACGGUUAGGAGUUUCAAGAGGAAAUUCCGGUUACCAGAAUCGAUAGAUAUAACCGGGAUAUCAGCUGGUCAUGAAGACGGUGUGUUGACUGUGACUGUACCAAAGGUGGUUUUGAGAAGGAGGAGUUUCUUCAUUGAUCCUUCUGAUGUUCCUGAAAGUCUUCAAGUUCUUGCAAGAGCUGCUUAAACUUCCUUUGCUUUUUAAAAUUCUGGUUUCUAAUCUUUUAUUGGUACUUAACUGCUUAUAUAUUAAUCCAAAUCCUAAGUUUGUGCCUUCAAAAGGAAAGGUAAAAAAAAUGGUUCCAUGAGAAUUGUUUGAUCUUUUACUCAUUAUAUGGUUUUAAAAUUUUUAUUGGUCA